UAUAACCACAGUCACUAAGUGCAUUACUAUGAAGCCGUUGAAAUUGGGAAUCAUCGGUGGUUCUGUAUUCGUUUUUGGAGUUCUAUUCUGUGCAGUGUUCUUUCCUCUGUUUAUGAGGUCGCAAAUCAAGAAACAAGUAGCUCUGAAACCGGGCUCCGAGAUACGGGAAAUGUGGUCGAACUUCCCUUUUCCUGUUGACUUCAGAAUUUAUCUCUUCAACGUGACGAAUCCCGACGAAAUAACAGCAGGGGCGAAACCAAUACUCAAGGAAGUGGGGCCAUAUUUCUACGACGAAUACAAGCACAAGGUGAACCUUGUCGAUCGCGAGGAAGACGACACCGUUGAGUACAAUGUAAAAAUCACCUGGGUCUUCAACCCUUCGCGAAGUAACGGUCUGACGGGCGAAGAGAUACUGGUGAUGCCCCAUAUUCUUAUUCUCACCAUCGUGAAACUUACCCUGAUGCAGCAACCCAGCGCGAUGGGACUGAUCAAUAAAGCAAUGGACAGCAUUUUCAAGAAGCCCAAUUCAGUGUUCGUGAGGGCCAAAGCGAAGGACAUACUCUUUGAAGGUUUGCCCAUCGAUUGCACGGUGAAGGAUUUCGCCGGAUCCGCGGUUUGCACCCAACUGAAGCAGCAGGAAGAUCAGUUCAGAACAGACGGCAAGGGAAAUUAUUAUUUCUCCAUGUUUGGCAUGAGAAACGGCAGCGUACUCCCUGAACGGAUACGCGUGUUGCGGGGAGUGAAGAAUUACAAAGACGUAGGUCGUGUGACGGAGCUCGACGGAGAAAAGAAAUUGUCCCUCUGGCCGGAGGAUCACUGCAACGAGUUUAACGGAACGGAUUCCACGAUUUUUCCACCGUUGAUGACCGAAAAGGACGAUAUUGUCUCAUUUUCUCCGGAGAUUUGCAGAAGCAUGGGUGCGCAGUUCAGCCACAAGGUCACCGUGAAAGGCUUCAAGGCGUUACGUUACACGGCUGAUUUAGGAGACGGUAGCACAAGACCCAACGAGAAGUGUUAUUGUCCAUCGCCAGAGAACUGUUUAACAAAAAAUUUGUACGACAUGUACAAGUGCCUAAAGGUGCCCUUCGUUGGUUCUUUGCCUCACUUUUAUGGAUCGGAACAGAAGUAUCGGGAUAUGGUCGAUGGAAUGCAUCCUGACGAGGAGAAACACGGUAUCGCUUUGGACUUUGAGCCACUGACAGCCACCCCAUUGAGCGCAUACAGGAGACUGCAGUUCAACAUGUUCUUGGGUCCAGUUGCGAAGUUCAGGAUAAUGAAGAAUUUUCCAGAGUGUUUGUACCCUAUUUUCUGGCUCGAGGAAGGAAUCGUGAUACCAGACGAAUUCGUUUCGAAGUUGAGCACAGUGUUCCUGGUGAAGAACAUUGUCGGAAUCGUAAAGUGGAUUACGAUAGUCCUGGGUGCCGGAGUAAGCGUGGGAGCUGGCGCGUUGUACUUUAAGAAUAGAGAAAAGAACAAGCUGGAGAUCACGAAAGUGGCACCGCAGUUGCAAGACAAUAAAAACGGCGAAGAGAAGAAGUGGCCCUCGAAGAUGAUCAUCAGCACCGUGCAGAGUGCGUCGGUGCCGCCUAGUCUCGAUAAGGAUUAGAUACCGUGAAUUUUAUUUUCGAAUUAAUUAUGGUUCACCACUCUGAAAGCCUGAAAGGUUACAACUGGGGGAAUUUUAAUUUUAUGCAUUUACUGGAAAUUAAUUGCCACUUGUAAUUAUAGUUGAAAUGUGUUAUAUAACAUCUUCUUUCAAUUUAGUGUUUUCUGUUUAUUCAUUUUUGAAAAAUUAAAAUUAAAUUGUACAUUUAUGUAUUAAUGUACGCCAUAAAUGCAUAAAAUUCGCAGUUCAUGGAUUGUUGUACUCGUUAGGAGUGUAUUGAUCCGAGGAGAUGAGCAGGACUCCGAGAAUUUACCCCCAGAAGCUAUUUUCGAAGAAUUGAGCAGUACCGGAAAUGUUUUAGGUGAACAGUGUUGUGACUUAUCUUUGCAUUCUCCUGUUUCGAUGUUAAAUUUACAUGGUCAUGGUUCCUAUAUUUAUCAUUAUUUCCACUUUGAUUGACGUGCUACCAGUCCGUUGUUAAUAAAAAUGUGAACGCAAUCCGUCCAUUUUUAUAGAUAUCGAAAUGAAAUAUAUUCAGACGGUAGUUACAGCGACUAAAGAACAUAAUUGGCAACGGAAAAUCAUUAACGUACAAUAACUAACGUUAUUAUAUGUAAACUUAAUUUUAAUUGAAAAUUGCUUUCAAUCCACUAUGUACGAUUCACGAUAAAGAAAGUAGAUUCAUUUUAAUAAUUUAAACUUAAUUGCAACGAUUAGUUUCCUUCUAGUAUUUUAUGUAUAUUUUAUAUAUAUCUUAUUCUGUUCUAUUAUGUUGUUUAAGAGACGCAACAAUGUUCUUGCUAAGAAACACAUGGUUAAAUCUGACCAUCUAUUGAAACUAUAUUUUAAGAAGUAACACGUACAGAAUUAUGUAUAUAUAUUAUAUUUGUUUGUAUUGUACAUAUGUUUUGUUUGUAUUACUUAAAAUUCGCAGUUUAAUUAUAAUACUAUAGUUUACAAUGUGAGUAGAUUAUGUAAAAAAGUGUAAUUAAUUAAUGAACAAUAUUUUCUAACGAACCUACAAAUUCGUUGUUAAAUUAGAUUACUAGUUCACUUACAUUUUUAACUAUUACAUUAGAUAAUGUUAAUUAUACUUAUAAAAAUAUAAAGCAGCUUUAUAUUUGAGGAAGGACGGUAUACAGGAUAAAAGGGUAGUUGUUUUGGGUAUAAAAGUGCAAAUGUAUAAAAAGAACUCAAGGAUGCUAAGAGAACAAAAGUCUAAAUAAUAAUGUUAUAAUUAUAUUUACUAAAAACGCAAGUGAACAAAAAGAACUUGUGGAAGAGAAUUUAUGGAACAAUAAUUCAGAGGAUGAGGUAAACCAGAAAUAAGAAAAUCUCCCAGAACAAUCUCAACAGGAGUCUAAAAAAAUAAGAAAGGAUA